AUGGGGGUCACGCUGUGGCCGUUGGCCCGGAGGCGCCGGCUCCACCACGCAAUUUUUCUCGCUGUCUUCGCGCUGCUGCUUCUUUAUCUCAGUACUCGGAUACUGCGAGCGCUCUCAGGCUGCGGAUCCGGGGCACAAUCCUGCAAGCCCGAAGGACCGCUGCCCUUCCAGGUCCGGCAAGAGUCCGGACCCCUGGAGGACCCGGAGCGGGAAGAGCCUCCGUGUCUGGGCCCCCAGGGGACGCUAGGCCGAAUGAUGAGGCCAUUCCGCGCCAGUCUGAACGCCGAAGGGGAUGUGGAGUUGUCGCAGUACCUGGCCGGAUGGAGGGAGCUGGUCAGGUUCCUAACUCCCCUCGGCUCCAUCUUUGCUUUCGCCACAAGCGAGGCCUUCACCAAGGUCACAGCCUUGGAGACGAGGCUGCGCGGCCUAGAUGCCGCGCACUACACGUCGCUGGCGGCCAUGACGGCAUGGGAGCGGCAGACAGGACUGCUGGAGAGGCCUGGGACUGCCCCCCAGGACUCGGCCGGGUCCUCGGGUUCACGAACGAUGCUCUUGCUGCACCGCGCGCUGCGCUGGUCCCACCUCUGUCUCCAGCGGGUGGCGACCGGGACGCUCGAAGGCCCUGACGCCGGCGUGCAGUGCAGCGACGCCUACGGAACGGCCCUGGCCCCGCACCACCCCUGGGUCAUUCGUCAGGCCGCCCGCCUCGCAUUCCUCGCCUUCCCAGAUCGUGACCGGUUGCUCAAGCUGGCGUGUCCCGGAACCAGAGAGACGGAGGCGCGAGCCGCGCUGGUCCGGGCCGCCAGCACCCUGGAGGAUGUUUACAACCGCACCCAGAGCCUGCUGGCCGAACGCAGACUGCUCCACCUGGCCUGA